AUGUCCAACAACGACAAGCCCCUCCCCUUCGUCUACCAGUUCGCCGCAGGCGCCAUUGCUGGCGUCUCGGAGAUUCUGGUCAUGUACCCUCUUGAUGUGGUCAAGACCCGAGUCCAACUCCAGACCAACGCCGCCGGCGCCGACGCCUACAAUGGCAUGCUUGACUGCUUCCGCAAGAUCAUCAAGCAGGAGGGCUUCUCGCGACUCUACCGCGGCAUCUCUGCGCCCAUCCUCAUGGAGGCUCCCAAGCGAGCCACCAAGUUCGCUGCCAACGACGAAUGGGGCAAGAUCUACCGAAACAUGUUUGGCGUCACCUCGAUGAACCAGCAGCUCUCCAUCCUCACAGGCGCCUCGGCCGGAGCCACCGAGUCAUUUGUGGUCGUCCCCUUCGAGCUCGUCAAGAUCCGCCUGCAAGACAAGGCCUCGGCUGGAAAGUACAACGGCAUGGUCGACUGCGUCGUCAAGACGGUCAAGAACGAGGGCCCCCUCACUCUAUACCAGGGUCUCGAGAGCACCAUGUGGCGCCACAUCCUCUGGAACGCCGGCUACUUCGGCUGUAUCUUCCAGGUCCGACAGCUUCUCCCCAAGUCCGACACCAAGCAGGGCCAGAUGUUCAACGACAUGAUUUCCGGAGGUAUCGGUGGUACCGUCGGAACUAUCCUCAACACGCCCCUCGACGUGGUCAAGAGCCGAAUCCAAAACACCCCCAAGGUCCCCGGCCAGGUUCCCAAGUACAACUGGGCUUGGCCCGCGGUCUUUACCGUGGCCAAGGAGGAGGGAUUCAGCGCUCUUUACAAGGGUUUCCUGCCCAAGGUUCUGCGUCUUGGUCCCGGAGGUGGUAUCCUUCUCGUCGUCUUCACCACCGUCAUGGAUACUUUCCGCUCGUGGCACUACCCCACUAACUGA